AUGAGCGAAGAACAGCUACACCUUCCCUCCCUGAACCGGUAUAUUACCGCACACGACCAGAAUGGCAAAGCCGUCUUUUCCAACCGCCUCUCCGAGUCUAUGCCCAGGCAGGAAGUCAACGGAUAUCCGUUCAGUCUAGCAUAUACCUCAAAUGAAUUCCCGGUCCAGCUUUCCGAAGACGCUGAUAUCACGAGAUACGAGGCCAAUCUGAUCUCGCCCCCUGGCCUCACUAUUUCGACCGGAACCGUUUGCCGAAUUGUCGACUUCCCACCCGCUGCCGAAAGCCCCAUGCAUCGCACUGUUUCGUUGGAUUACGGUGUUGUGUUGGAGGGCGAAGUAGAACUAUCUCUAGAUAGCGGAGAGAAGCGGGUUAUGAGGAGAGGGGACGUUGCAAUCCAACGUGCCACGAAUCAUGCUUGGAGGAAUGUUACACCAAACGGCGGGUGUGCGAGAAUGCUGUAUGUUCUUACUCCUUGCCAGCCUAUCCAGGUGGAGGGCUUGGGUGUGCUCGGCGAGAAGGUUGAGGGAAUUGAUGUGAAGGCUAGUGAAUAA